GUGACGCGCGCAUGAGACUGGGCGAAGGAAGUUUGCUCCGUGGUACUGAACGAAACUUUUCCCCGGAGCUACAGUGGGAGAUCAGAACAAUCCUGGAGAAUUGUGUUGCUGGGAGAGUGAUCCAGUCGUGCAGGGAACCAUUGUUUUCCUCAGUACGCCUGUGAGAUUGGUAGAGGACCGCAAAGGAUUUUUUCUCCCGUGUUCUAUCCCCCUACUCUAUCCGAGAUGGGGAAGGAGCAGGAACUCCUAGAGGCGGCGCGCACUGGAAAUCUUACCGCUGUGGAAAAGCUUCUUUCUGGGAAACGACAAUCGACUGGAAGUGGCAGUGGAUCAUCGGGGACUGGUGGAAGCAGCAAUAUCAGUGGUCACAAUGCUUCUCACCCGCUGUCCAGCCUUCUCAGUAUCUGGAGGGGUCCUAAUGUAAACUGUGUGGACAGCACUGGAUACACUCCUCUACACCAUGCUGCCCUAAAUGGACACAGUGAGGUAGUGGAGGCGCUGCUACGUAACGAGGCCUUGACCAACAUCGCUGACAAUAAGGGCUGCUACCCCCUGCACCUGGCCGCAUGGAAGGGGGACCAAAGGAUCGUCAGGCUACUCAUUCACCAAGGCCCCUCACACCCCAAACUCAACGAGCAGAGCUCCUCUGUAGAGCACAAAGAGUUGAAACGCUGUGGGCCCUUUGACCUGCAUAUUAAUGCCAAGAACAACGACAACGAGACCCCCCUCCACUGUGCCGCCCAGUACGGCCACACCCAGGUGGUGCGUCUGCUGCUGGAGGAGCUGACCGACCCCACCAUGAGGAACAACAAGUUUGAGACGCCGCUGGACCUGGCGGCGCUCUACGGCCGUCUGGAGGUGGUCAAGCUGCUGCUCACCGCCCACCCCAACCUGCUCUGCUGCAACACCAAGAAACACACGCCGCUGCACCUGGCGUCACGCAACGGACACCUGGCCGUGGUGGAGGUGCUGCUGGCGGCCGGCAUGGACAUCAACUACGAGACGGAGAAGGGCAGCGCCCUCCAUGAAGCAGCUCUCUUCGGGAAGACUGAUGUAGUGCAGAAACUUCUGCGUGCAGGGGUUAAUGUGAACAUGGUGGACAGCAAGGGCCUGACAGCGCUGGACACUGUCAGAGAAAUGCCCUCUCAGAAGAGCCGACAGAUAGCAGCUCUAAUCCUGGGCCAUAUGUCAGGAAAUCCCCCUGUUUUACACUUGCCUCCUCCCCCUGUCCCUCCACCUAAUGAGAGCCCUAGCCUUCGGAAAAAAGGUGAGCUGGGGGUGGUGAGUGAGUUGAUCUCGGGGCUGGCCCCGGGGCCUGAGGAGGAGAGCCCGUAUGAGGCUCUGUUCGAGGCCACUUCCUGUCACUCUCUGGACAGUCUGACCAGUGGCAAGUCCUCCGACAGGGACUCUGGACGACCUGAUAGUGAAGCCGGAAAGAAAGACCGGCUUGCUCACCAAUCCCAGCAUGCCCCUGGCCAGGAAGAGGAGCUUAACUCAGAGGCCCUGUACACUAACAGCAGCAUCGAUGAGAGAGGGGAGGAGGAGGUGGAUCACACGUAUGAUUUGCUGCUCUCCGCCCAGACAGAAGUCCCCCAGUCCGCACAGGACCCCCCAUCACAGAAAUGUACAGAUGAGAACGCUACCUCCCAACAGUCUUCCAACAGUCUUCUACCUCAGCAGCGGAAGCCCACUGCCCCUAGUGACCUCCGACCUUCAGGCCAGACGGGCGACACCCUGAAGCUCCCCGGACCUCCUGUGGUUGGGCCGGGACGGACUGGUGGGGAGUUACACCCUCCACAUGCUCUACCUGCUGGACGCCAGGGACCUGACAUGGGAGAUAACUCCUUGCUCGGCCAGGACCUGGUCGCAGUACCUGAAGUGUUCACAGGCCUCCUGCACGGAUCCUCGCCCGUCUUUGACUGUCGGGAGGAGUCCAGCAGCAGCCUGCCAGGUGGAGUACUGACACAGUCCAGCCAAGGCCAACAGCCGGCGCCAGCUCCAACAGCACCCGCCAAAGCAACAGAAGCUCCGCCUCUUCCAAACAAUCCAAUCGACAUGUCUGCCGUCCUGACAGACUGUGACCCCAAAGCUAUCUAUGCCACCGUGUCCAAGGGGGAGCCCAGGGACAGAGACCGGGACAUGGGGUCUGGGGCUGUGCCUGCUGGCAGGAUGCGCCCCCCUGGGGAUUUGAAGCUGGCUCGCAGCUUUUCCAAGUCGGACUCAGACCUGCUGGUGUCGCCGCCUAGCGAGGAGGAGGGAGGGCUGGGCAGCCGCAGUGAGUCCGUCUCGAACUGCAGCGCAGCCAAAAAGAGGCUGGAGAAGUCGCCCUCGUUCGCCUCUGAAUGGGACGAGAUUGAGAAGAUCAUGACGUUGAUUGGAGCAGGCAUUGAUUUCUCUAGAGACCAGCAGUACUCUACCCCAGGUGGGGCAGCUGGUCGGCUGCUGGACCAGCCCGUGGGAGACUGGCUGGAGCACGUGGGGCUGCCGCAGUACGAGAGCAAGCUGCUGCUCAACGGCUUCGACGACCUGCACUACAUGGGUAGUAAUGUGAUGGAGGAGCAGGACCUGAGGGAGAUAGGCAUCACAGACCCAGGACAUCGGAGGAAGAUCCUGCAUGCAGCUCGAUCCCUACCUAAGGUGAAGGCCCUGGGCUGUGACGGCAGCAGCUCUCUGUCCUCCUGGCUGGACCUCCUGGGCCUGCAGGAGUACCAACACAGCUUCCUGUCCAGCGGAUAUCGUAGCCUCGACUGUGUCAAGAACCUGUGGGAACUGGAGAUUGUCAACGUGCUGAAGAUCUCCCUGCUGGGACACAGGAAACGGAUCAUCGCCUCGCUGGCAGAGCAGCCUUAUGAGGAACCUCCUGUCAAGCCCCCCCGCCUGUCCCAGAUCAGGUGUCAGGACCUGGUAUCCCAGACCUCCUCUCCCAUCAGUCACAUGGACUCCUAUACAGGCUGCUCCAUGGACCCAAUCCUGCCCCUGGGGGAGCCUGGGGUGAGGAAGGGGCCCAACACCGAAUACGAUGUGGCCCCCCACCGUUCCCGCAGUGAACGACACCGAUCACAUGAGAGGUAUGAGGAGCGGCAUCGUGAGCCUCGUCUGACCCUGCGACCCCCCAGCAUGGCAGCACCCUACACCCCUGUACAGGACUGGCACCACCAGCCUGAGAAGCUCAUCUUUGAAUCCUGUGGAUAUGAAGCCAAUUACCUGGGAUCUAUGCUCAUAAAGGAGCUACGGGGGACCGAGUCCACCCAGGAUGCCUGUGCCAAAAUGAGGAGGUCAACAGAGCAGAUGAAGAAGGUCCCCACUAUCGUCCUCUCCAUCACCUAUAAAGGGGUGAAGUUCAUUGAUGCGGCCAAUAAGAACAUCAUUGCAGAACAUGAAAUCCGGAACAUCUCGUGCGCAGCCCAGGACCCAGAGGAUCUGUGCACGUUUGCCUACAUCACCAAGGACCUGCAGACCAACCACCACUACUGCCAUGUGUUCAGCACAGUGGACGUGAACCUGACCUAUGAAAUCAUCCUGACGCUGGGACAGGCAUUUGAGGUGGCCUAUCAGUUAGCUCUCCAGGCCCAGAGGACCAAACAGCACCAGGGCAUCCCAGCAGGACCCGGGGCAGAGGUCAUCGAGACCAAAUCCAGCCGACCCGUUCCCAAACCACGGGGUGGCGUAAGGAAAUCAGGGGACUCUCCUCUCCUGCUGGACAGUCGCUCCUGCUGUUACUGUCUCACCUGCACCACCCACCGUCCCUCCUUCCUCCCACUGCACCACUCUGCCAGCCCUGUUGCCCAGGUGGACCCGUUGGAGCUGGAAGUGGACUCCCAGUCCCAGGGCAGCACCACGUGGCUGGUGGACCCUGUCCCCAAAGACUCCAAGAGGACCAUCAGCACUAACUGACUACCAUGACCGGACACCCAGCCAGAGUGAGAGGUCAGGGGUGACCCAUACCUAUGGGUUUGUGUUGUGUGGCAGGGUGCAUUUUUGGAACCAGGAGAAAGGCCACUUUCCAUGCACCCUUCCUACCAGUACCAACUGGAGACAUGCUUACAUACACCAGGAGGGCCCUACCUCCUCUCUGACACCCCUGGACCUCUCCUCAUGCUCCACUCCUUCUCACCUCCACUGAGGUGUUCAGCUCCAGGGAUCAGCGCUGUAGUUCUGUAUCACACAGACAGGAAGUCAGCCCCCAAGCAGUAGGCCCAAACAACCAACAUCCUCACUGCAUCCACUUACUUACACGGGAAAAUGGACUCAACGUGUCAAAGCUUGGUCAGUUAUCCAGAGACUGAAAGGUGGGUGUUUGUUUGGUAGGCAUCUCUUUCAAUGUGAAGCACUCGACUUUAACAUCCCUCCUUUUCUGUUUUUAUUUUUGACAAAUGUAAACGUGUUUAUCCUCGACAGGCCAGUGAAUGCUGUUCAGACAGUGUAUUUUAUCUACGGGGGUUCGAGAGUGUCUUGUUCCCAGUUGUUGUUUUUCCCUGACAUUUUGUGACUUGUGUAUCCAUUCCAUGAGAGUUGAAGAUGGAUGCUUCUCUAGAUCGAUCCCUCAGAGGGGCCUUUCCCAUACACGUGUAUGUGUCUUCACUGAGGGCUACGCUAAGCUAAUGUUUACUCUGACAGGGAAUUUUGUUAAGGUACAGACAGUGGUAAUCAACAUAAAAAUAUAUUUUUGAGAAAAGAAGUAGAGAUCUACCUGGAUAUCUCACUGGGAAAUGGGAGACAUAUUUAGAUAAAGGAAUGCAUUAAAGUUGUCCUCGGUAUGCUAUGCUCACUAGGGUACGAUUGGGUAAAAUAAUUACAAUGUGAGAUUCAGCAGUACACUCACAGGCUUUCUCAUGUCCAUCCAUUCAAGCACCGAGUCAGUUACAUCAAAGCAUCGCUUUAUCUUCAUUUUCUCAUUCAUAACAUACAGAACUGUGAUAGUUAAUGUAAUAGUGUACAGGAGGAAUAAUCUGACAUGGAUGAAGUUUGGAGGGCUGUUCAACUGACACUACAGCAACUUUUAAAAACAGGGGGUGUCUUUUGUAUGUUUAAACUGGAAACUAUAGGACCUGUUAGGAGGUACUGUGAUGGCCUUAUAUCCCCCUGAAUCGAUUUGAUUUAUUUUAAACUAGUCAAUCCAGAAAACCAGUCCUGUAAGACUUUAGGUACAAUAUGGUACAGUGUAUUCUCCCCAUAUGGUAUCUCUCCUGGUACGUUGACUGUUUUCUGUUUUGGGUACUCUGUGUUCAGCUGGAGUGUUGCGCCUCUGUGGGUACAUAGACUAGCUAUAUGGUACUCACUCUAUAUGAUACAGCUGUCUUUAGCUGGUUGAUGUGAGCACCUGCAGCUAUCAACCUGGUCCUGUCUCCGCGUUUGCACAUAAGGAUCAUGGGUAGUACAAUAGGACUAUUCUGAUGAUAUUAAUGAAGACUAUGAUGAUGAUAACAAUGAUAUUGGAUUGUAAAUUAAUCUCUAGCAGUCUGUAUUUUGAUACUUGAAUGAUUUUUGUUUUUAUAGAUAUCUAUGUAUAUGUAUGUACGUAUGUAAUUGUUUUGCCACAUUUGUAAAAAAAAAGGACUGUCUUAUUAAGUUCAACAUAUCAUGAUACUGUUAGGUUCUAAUUUUGAGUAAAUAACUCACGGACACUAGAGAAGCUUAACCAAGUUUAAUUCUUCGCAAAGGGUUGUUACAGCUGUAAUUCAGACACAGACAUGGCUUCCCCAGUGGUAGUAUUCAUACCCAACCUUGGGUGGAGUCUCCUUAUCUCGAAACAUUGCAUCAUUCUUGCUAAUCAGGGAGCAAAGUGACAUGAGCCUUCAACGGUUUCUCCCCUUAUCAGUACUGCCACAUGCGAUCGUGUUCCCUGCACUCAGCCCCUCCCAAGCUUCAUUAUGGCACCCCUCAUGUCUCUUUAGUACCUAAUGUUCCUAUACUUCUGAGUAUAACAAUGUUCAAAGUUUCACCCCUGAUUCCAACAAUACCCAACGAUUGAAAACGGGCCGAGAGAAAGAACUCAGAGGGACAUCACUACAGAAACAAAAAAAAAAGAUUGUAAAUGACCUUUGGGCUUCCAGUCCUUUUUUAUGGUUAUUAUUUUUCAUAAUUGUACAACUAAUAAAUGAAGAAAUGAUUAA